CGGCGCGAGCCGGCCGGGGAGUGCGCGGGGCGCGAGCUCCGGGCUCGCGGGCGGAGCGGGGCGCGGCGCGGGGCUGCGGAGCCGGCCGCACGCCCGUUCCCGAGCUGGUCGCGCCGCCGGGCCGCCGCGGGCCCUGCCUCCCGCGCUCAGAGCCCAGGCCGGCAGCCUUCGCCCCAAGUCUGUUUAUGAAAUGGAAAGUGGCGCUUUCACCACUGAGCUCCGAGGCCGGGAGCUUUUGUUUGGAAGGAAUGCAAAAGGCCUUGUUCAUUCCCCCACAUCCCGGGCCGAAAGAGAUGAGAGUGAGGGCUAGACAAGCUUUGAAAGUGCCUCGGAUCUUGCUCUUUAUUCCCUGCUUCCUCCCUUUCUGAAGUGGUGAGGCAGCCAUUGUCGCAGCUGCUCAGGGGUAGGGGUGGCGGCUGCGGCUGCUUAUGUCUGGUGUGCCCCUGAUCAGAGUUACUCUGAUCUGAAGAUUUUGGUGUUUAAGGCAUUAAGAUAAUUGCCUGAGUUGUUCAUGGAGUUUUUCAUCAGUAUGUCUGAAACCAUUAAAUAUAAUGACGAUGAUCAUAAAACUCUGUUUCUGAAAACACUAAAUGAACAACGCCUAGAAGGAGAAUUUUGUGAUAUUGCUAUCGUGGUUGAAGAUGUGAAAUUCAGAGCACACAGAUGUGUUCUUGCCGCCUGCAGCACCUACUUUAAAAAGCUUUUCAAGAAGCUUGAGGUAGAUAGCUCUUCAGUAAUCGAGAUAGAUUUUCUUCGUUCCGAUAUAUUUGAAGAGGUCCUGAACUACAUGUAUACAGCAAAGAUUUCCGUAAAAAAGGAAGAUGUUAACUUAAUGAUGUCAUCGGGUCAGAUUCUUGGUAUCAGAUUUUUGGAUAAACUCUGUUCUCAGAAGCGAGAUGUAUCUAGUCCCGAUGAAAAUAACGGCCAAUCAAAGAGUAAAUAUUGCCUCAAAAUAAAUCGCCCCAUUGGAGAUACUGCUGAUACUCAGGAUGAUGAUGUAGAAGAAAUCGGGGAUCAGGAUGACAGCCCUUCAGAUGACACAGUAGAAGGCACCCCCCCAAGUCAGGAGGACGGCAAGUCACCUACGACUACACUCAGGGUUCAGGAAGCGAUUUUGAAAGAGCUGGGGAGUGAGGAAGUUCGAAAAGUAAAUUGCUACGGCCAGGAAGUAGAAUCCAUGGAGACCCCAGAGUCCAAAGAUUUGGGGUCCCAGACCCCUCAAGCCUUAACAUUUAAUGAUGGAAUGAGUGAGGUAAAAGAUGAACAGACACCAGGCUGGACGACUGCCACCAGUGACAUGAAGUUUGAGUAUUUACUUUAUGGUCACCAUCGGGAGCAGAUUGCCUGUCAAGCAUGUGGUAAGACAUUUUCUGAUGAAGGCAGAUUGAGGAAGCAUGAGAAACUCCACACAGCAGACAGGCCAUUUGUUUGUGAAAUGUGUACAAAAGGGUUCACCACACAGGCCCACCUGAAAGAACACCUAAAAAUCCACACAGGGUAUAAGCCCUACAGUUGCGAGGUGUGUGGAAAAUCAUUCAUUCGUGCCCCAGACUUAAAGAAGCAUGAGAGAGUUCACAGUAACGAAAGACCCUUCGCAUGCCACAUGUGUGACAAAGCCUUCAAACACAAGUCCCACCUUAAGGACCACGAAAGGAGACACAGAGGGGAAAAGCCUUUUGUGUGUGGCUCCUGCACCAAGGCAUUUGCCAAGGCAUCUGAUCUGAAGAGACAUGAGAACAAUAUGCACAGUGAGAGGAAGCAGGUUACCCCCAGUGCCAUCCAGAGCGAGACCGAACAGUUGCAGGCAGCUGCCAUGGCCGCGGAAGCUGAGCAGCAGUUGGAAACAAUAGCCUGUAGCUAGAGGUGGCAGGACAGGAGCGCUGCACCUGGGAAGCCAAGCCUGGGACUGCACUGAUUGUAAUCAGCCAACGCCAGUUGUUAUGUUUUCAUGGAAACGAGUGGAGCAGCGUACUUGCUGGACGUAAGGCAGGGGUUGGUUAGGUUGUUUUUAAAACUUUUGUCAAGGAAAUUACGUUCCUAAGUUCUGACCAAACAGUUUCACUGUCCUGUCUGGUGUCUAUUGUUGCCAGUAAGCUCCCCUCCCCUACUUUUUUAUGAUUUUAAUUUGAGAACUCCUCUGUCCAGUUUAGAAGUGAGAGACUUCUGUUCUGUUUUUAAUCCUCUAUACUCGUGCUGUGAGUGCAUUGCACAGAGUAAUAAUUGAGUAAGUUGAUUUCUUAGUCAUAUGACUUAUGGUCAAAACAGCAGUUUUAAUAACUUAAUAAAUGUUCUUCACAUAGACCCAGAAAAUGUGCGUGGGUGGUUGACCAAGAACACUGCACAAGUGUGAAACCAAGUUCUGGAAAUGCAGAAUGGUGUUAGAUUUAUAUUUGGUUUGUUCAUUUUUUCUGUCAGUUUUUCCUUGUUUUUGUGGACAAGUAAUAGUUGCUUUGCUGAAGUGUUUCUUCAUCCAUUUUGAUGGCCCCAUAUUUACCCCAAGAGCUAUAGUCAAACAUACUACGUCAUCCUGUGAACCUCCAGGACACUGGUGCUUGGGACUGGGCUCACAGGUUCCUCUUUGGGGGGGCAUUGUCCUGCACGAGUGGGGGUUUGUGGAGUAGACCAGUGGUGAGAGGAGGGAAAGCCCUCAGAGAUGAGGUUUUCACAUGUGCAACAAUUCCAAGGCGUAUUAGGUCAAAAUAAUUCUUAAUUGAUCUUGAAAUUGGAUUUGUAUUUAGGUUCAAAAUUAGGACAAAAAAACAUUUGUGUAGCUUAACGGAAUGUCAUCAAGCUUUUGGGCUCUCUGUGGCACAUGAUUUAUCCAUAAAGGAGAUGCAAUAUGCUUACUUAAAUUAAUAAAUUUAAAAAUCUUCUAAGUGUGUAAAUAGUAGUGUUGGUCUUAUGUAUUUCAAGUGAAAGCAGAUGGCUGCACCUUGUUUUGCACAGUGGAUUAAAGUAACUUCCAUGAGCAACAAACAUCAGACUUUUUAACCAAUAUUAAAGAUUGUCAGACCAAAUGUUUGUUUUUGAAGUAUAUUUCAUCACUGGGUACAGUUUAAAUAGGAAUUGAUUGCCUUUUCUUAGCUAUAAAUCAGAAUUAUAAAUUCUGUUUGAGAUUUGGUGUACUAAAUGUUCUUUUAACCAUUUCCUUAGGAAUAUAUUGAAAUGCCAACAAUAGUUUGAAUUAUGUUCUGUAAGAAAGUAUUAGUCAGUUAUUUUAGAAUAUGUACAAUUGUAGAAAAUGCCAACUUUUAAAAUUCACAUUUGGUUGCUAGAAUUUUUAAGUACAUUAAAGUAAUUUCAUUUCAUAGCUUGUUACAUUAACACCUGUAAUGACUAUUGUGGGAGAAACUUUAUUUUUUAAAUUGGUGUAUAUGUUCUGCCCAAGAUUGUAGGAUGAAGAUGCUACUAUAAAUGAAAUUAUUUAUUGGUAAAAAUGUUUAGUUUAAAAUUAAUUUAAUUUCUUUUCUUGAAAGUUGUUUAUCCUGUACUAAAAGUAGUCUUGUCACUGUGUUUAUAUGCUGUUAGUAGAAGGGGAACUGACUGCUGCUGUUCCAAGGCUGUUUUAACCAAAGCAAAGGAAAAAUGAUUUAACAUCUUGUUGAUAGCUACUUCAACAAACCAUAUUUUGGGCCUUCAUUUUUGUAUAUAAAAGAAAGUAUACUUCUAUCAUUCCUGUUUUCAUUUUUUUCAUAGCAACCUUCCACUCACCCAGGUUUCUACCAAAAUAUGCUUUCUACACUCUUAAUCAUGGUUUUGCAGAAUUGCAAGUUUAUCAUGGUAUUGACCCCUAUUGAAACCACAUAAUCAUGGCAGUACCUCCAAGAAAGAAAGUUUAAUUUUCAGCACUUUAUUUAUAUUAUGCAGGUAUUUAUUAUUUGGCCUGUUUUGCAUGAGAAGUAGAUUUCUAUUACAGUUUCUACCGCUGGUAUUGGGUUCCUGUGUGUAUUAGGGUGCAUGUUUUCUUUGUGUUCUUUUAGUGACAGCAGAGUCAUAACCUGACAGCUGGUCUGCUUGAUGAGACCUGGUUAGUAACUGCCUUUCUCCACAUCCAUCUGGCUGUAGUAGUCCCCAGGACAGUGAAACCAUCAUGUUAGAUUCUUCAAGGAUACCUCCAACACCAUAGGGAGUUAAUUCUGAAGUGUGCUCACCCUGAAUCUGCUACAUGAAAGGAAGGGGAAUUCUAAAUGUCAAUAUUAUUCCCUUUUCACUACUACUUUUUCUUCUAUUUGUAUAAAGAGAAUGUCCACAAACUUGAUGUUAACUUUUGUAUUCAACUUGCAUUGUAUUGGUACUGAUUAAGAAAGAGGAUUUUGGGAAGUUUAACUUAAGGGCAAUGUGUUAGCUUUCUGUUACUAUAGAACCAUCUGAGAUGGUCAACUGAUGAGAAGUUUUGUUUUGGCUCAGUUUUGGAGGUUUCAAUCCAUGAUCAGUUGGCCCACUUGUUUUGGGCCUGUGGUGCCACAUCACAAGAAUAUAUGGUGGAUCACAGCUGCUUAUCACUGACCAGAAAGCUAGGAAGAGGAAGAUGCCCUUCAAAGGCAUGCCCCCAAAGACCUGAAGAGCUCACCCUAGGUCCUAUCUCUCAAAAGUUCCACCAUGACCUGAUAAUGCCAUGGGCUGAGGUCAAGCCUCCAACAUAAGAGUUUUUGGGAACAUUUAAAAUCCAAACUGUAGCAGGUAAUUUGCCUCUAUUUACUUGCUCAUUUCUUUCAAGUGUUUGGAAAUUACAGAGGUUGCCAUCAAAUGAACUUGAUACCAACUCCUAUUUUGUUGGAGGAAAAGAUUGAAAUGAAAGAAAAUGAUGUAAGUGUAAGUG